AUGUCGAAUGUAUCUCAGUCUUACACUAACAUGUCUAUUGAAGUGCAGUAUCAGGAGCUACUGAGGGUAAUUAUUAUUUCCACUCUGUCAACAGUUCCAUCUUUUAUUUUUCUCUUCAUUAAUGGGACUAUGUUGUUCACACUGAGGAGUAAACCUGUGUUUCGUGACACUCCCCGUUACAUUCUUCUGUAUAACCUCCUUUUUGCAGACACUGUGCAGCUGGCACAGAGUCAGGUUCUUUUCCUGCUCUCUAUUUUUAGAGUAAAAUUGCCAUAUCCUGUAUGUGGAUUUCUCAGCUUGUUGGCCAAUCUCACCACUGGGAUCUCCCCUCUCACCCUUUCGGUGAUGCCUCUGGAGAGAUAUGUAGCUGUGUGCUACCCACUGAGGUAUCCUACCAUCAUCACCAUCAGAAACACAGGGGCUGCUAUCAUUGUGAUCUGGAUCAUCAGCUCACUAAAUAAUCUCACCAGACUCAUCUUUUUCUUUCCAUUUGAAAUGUUGAAAAAUCUGCAAGUGAAAGAUCUUUGUUCCAAUAUAGCUCUACUGUUUGGGUCCAAGUCUGAUCAAUAUGAUACAGCUUUCACAUGUUUAGUGUUUGUAUCAGCUGGUGUGGCAGUCAUUUUUUCUUAUAUCGGUGUGAUAUUAGCAGCCAGGUCGGCCUCUGCAAACAAAGCUUUAGCCCGUAAAGCUCAAAACACUCUGCUGCUUAAUAUGAUGCAGCUGUGCCUGAGUCUCUGCUCAACUAUUAAUAACCCUUUGCUCAUAGCUCUUUCAAGAACUGUAACAAGAACCGUAUUUUUGUGGGUUCAGAAUGUAUUUUAUGUGUGCUUUAUUAUCUUACCCAGAUGCCUGAGUUCUCUCAUCUAUGGGCUAAGGGAUCAGACCAUCAGGCCUGUCCUCAUGUACCACCUAUGCUGUUAUCAGAAACUAAGUCAGUAG